AUGGAGGGGAAGGAAACCCAGCUCCAGGCCAGAGAUGAAGCCCAGACCCCAAAAGAGAAAAAAGCCCAGACACCCCGAGAAGACAAAGCCAAGAUGCCCCGAGAAGACGGAGCCCAGAUCUUGGAAGAGGACAGAGCCCAGACGCCCCGCGAGGAUGGAGGACCCCAGCCCCAGAGGGGUGGCAGAUCCAACAAGAAGAGGAAGUUCAAAGGCAGGCUCAAGUCAAUUUCCCAGGAGCCCAGCCCAGCCCUGGGGCCGAAUCUGGACAGCUCUGACCUCCUCCCUAGGCCCAUCUUUUCCUGCAGUUUCCCCACACUGAGGUUCCCCCGGAUCACAGGACUCUGUCCCUUUGGCCCCCAGGAGAUGCUGGUAUCGGAUAAGCAGAACCAGGUGCUGAAAUGCUUCUCCCUCAAUGGCGACUGCAAGGGCACCGUGCCCACCCCUGAGAGCUGCUCUCCUUGCAACGUGGCAGCCCUGCAGAGCGCCGUGGCCUUCUCUGCCGGUGCACGGCUCUAUCUCAUCAGCCCCGAUGGUGAGGUUCAGUGGCGCCGGGCCCUGAGCCUCUCCCAGGCCAGCCACGCCAUGGCCACGCUGCUGAGUGGGGACCGCGUGGCCGUCAGCGUGGCGGGGCACGUGGAGGUGUACAAUAUGGAAGGCAGCCUGGCCACCUGGUUCAUCCCUGGGGGCAAGGCCAGCCGGGGCCUGCGGGCGCUGGUGUUUCUGACCACCAGCCCCCAGGGGCAUUUCCUGAGGUCUGAUUGGCAGCAGAAUAGUGUGGUAAUCUGUGACAGGCUUGGCCAGGUGGUUGUGGAGUACAAGGGGCCGAGCCUGUACAGCUGCCAGCCGGGCUCCAUGUCUGUGGAUAAGAAAGGCUACAUCUUCCUGACCAUUCGAGAAGUAAACAAGGUGGUGAUCCUGGACCCAAAGAAGCCGCUCCUUGGAGACCUCCUGACAGCCUACCACAGCCUGGAAAAGUCCCGGGUUACCACCAUGGUGGAUGGCAGGUACCUGGUUAUAUCCCUCAGUAAUGGGACCAUCCAUGUCUUUCGGUUCCAUUCUUAG